ACACACACACACACACACACACACACCCUUCCCGUCAAACAUACAGCUAGCUAACCUGCUAGCUCUGAUCCGUUGCCAGGAGAUCAGUUAAUUAGCAAGAUCGGUCGAUCAACAUGGAGCUGCUGCUCGUGCUCACAGUGCUCCUCCUUGCGCACGCGGUGGUCUACCUGGCUUGGACCUCCUUGGCCCGUCGCCGGCAGUCGCGGUGCUACCUCCUGGACUACGUCUGCCACAAGCCGUCGGACGACCGCAAGGUGAACACGGAGGUCGCCGGCGAGGUGGUCCAGCGUAACUCGCGCCUGGGCAUAUCUGAGUACCGCUUCCUCCUCCGCGUCAUCACCCGCUCCGGCAUCGGCGAGGAGACCUAUUGCCCGGUAAACAUCCUGGAGCAGCGGGAGGACACGCCCACCCACCAGGACUCGGUGGACGAGAUGGACGCCUUCCUCGACGCCACCAUCGCCGGCCUCUUCGCCAAGAGUGGCUUCGAGCCCCGAGACGUGGACGUGCUGGUCGUGAACGUGUCCAUGUUCUCCCCGGCGCCAUCCCUGGCGGCUCGGAUCGUGCACCGGUACGGCAUGCGCGAGGACGUGGCCGCGUACAACCUGUCAGGGAUGGGGUGCAGCGCCGGGCUGGUGUCGCUGGACCUGGCGCGCAACGCGCUGCGGACGCGGCGGAACGCGACGGCGCUGGUGGUGUCGACGGAGUCCAUCGCGCCCAACUGGUACUCCGGGAUCGACAAGUCCAUGAUGCUGGCCAACUGCCUGUUCCGCUCCGGCGGGUCGGCCGUGCUGCUGACCAACGACCCGGCGCUCCGGGGCCGCGCCAAGAUGGAGCUGAGCUGCCUGGUGCGCUCCAACAUCGCUGCCAACGACGACGCGCACCUGUGCGCGCAGCAGCGGGAGGACGAGGAAGGGCGCGUGGGGAUCACCCUCAGCAAGAACCUUCCCAAGGCCGCCGUCCGGGCCUUCUCCGUUAACCUCCGGACCCUGGCGCCGCUGAUCCUCCCCGUGUCCGAGCUCGCGCGGUUCUCCGCGCAGCUCAUGUGGAAGAAGAUCCUGCGACGCGGAAGCAAGCAGCAGCGCAAGGGCGGCGAGGGCGGCCCCAAGAUCAACUUCAAGACGGGCGUGGACCACUUCUGCCUCCACCCGGGCGGCACGGCUGUGAUCGAGGCGGUGAAGCGGAGCCUGGGGCUGGACGACGGCGACGUGGAGGCGGCGCGGAUGACGCUGCACCGGUGGGGGAACACGUCGGCGAGCAGCCUGUGGUACGUGCUGUCGUACAUGGAGGCCAAGGGGAGGCUGAGGAGAGGCGACAGGGUGCUCAUGGUCACCUUCGGCUCCGGGUUCAAGUGCAACAGCUGCAUGUGGGAGGUGAAGGGCGACAUGACCGACAAGGGCGCGUGGGCCGACUGCAUCGCCGACUACCCGCCGGAGAGCACCGCCAACCCCUACAUGGACAAAUACGGGUGGCUCAACGACGUCGAAGGCGACACCCUCAUAUUUUAGUUCCUCACUCCAUAUACUACUCAUCACUACGUACCCCGGUCACUCGUUGGUGUGAAAUUACACUAGAUUUAGAGGUGCGCCUUGGCGCACCAUCCCGUCAAUUUCAUUUCGAUUUACACUUUGUAUAAUAAUGAUAAAAUUAGGUAGCUAAAUGAUAAUACAUUGUUAGAUUUUACAAAACAAAGUCAAUCAAAUGAAAUUAGGAUAAAAUAAACCAAAUCAUCAACCAAACGUGCUUAUAUACAAUUAGAGAAAUAGAGGCAUAUAUUAUAAUAAUUAACACUCUGGUUUUUUCAAGAUCGAUAAAAUUAAGGAUAGAACAACAAAAGCAACAUCUACAUGAGUCUAUUUCAGAAUGGUCUUUAGAAGUCACGUCGUAAUUGCAUUUACCGGGUAAACAUAAAAAUUAUCAGGUGAUUGAACGUAGUCAAACAGCAAAAUAGGUAAGGCCGGCACCAGGCAGGUGCGGUGGCCGCAUUCCGGCAAGGUCGUCUAUGCUUAUGUCAAGAUAAGCUAAUUAAUAGCAUCCCUAUCGUUCUGAUCGUUCUGAAGAAUCAUUCGGUUCAAUAAAAUUACAGCGAUCCAUUAUAAAA